AUGUUCGACCUGCCCAGCGCAAAGCGGGUCCGCCGCGACGAGCUUCAGUCUCCCGCCUCUUCGCCCCGCUCCUCGCCCGACCCUGACCUCACCGAGCUCCUCCGCUCCCGAGCCCACGAUGAGUUCGCCUUCACGGCAACCGAGAGCGAAGCUGCAAAAGACGAGGCGGCCACAGCCGCAAGCGAAGAUGACGAGGCGGAGCUUAUACUCUUCGCCGCGCCCUCCAAUGCCCCGCAAUCGCACAAGAUCCGCCUCUCUUCUCCAGGUGCAGGAACCGACGACCCUGGUUUCGUAGUGAAGAAGCCGAGGAGUUACUACUUCGCGGAUGCUAUCACAAGCGAGAAGGAGAAGGAGUUGGACGCCGUGGCGAUGACUGGCGACGCCGUAAUGGACAUGUCAAGAGAGCCGUGGCCUGGGUGUGCACUGCCAUGGAAGGUCCAGAUGAUAUCAGCGGCAGGGUUGAAGAAAUCUGUUCUUGUCGGUCACCCUCCAACACUGGUAACAGUGGAGGAGAAGGUGCAGAAGAGGAAGCGGAAGGGCAAGAAGAGCAGGAUCGCACUGAGAAAGAAGCUGCAGGCCACCAAGGAGAAGGAGGCCGAACAAGCCCGACUGGCCCUGGAGAAGGAGGAGACAGAGCGAGAGAAGAGAACGAGAAGGAACAGAGAGAAAAAGGUUAAGAAGAAGGAGCGGGACAAGGCGAAAAAGCUAGCGGGGGCUGGGCAUGAAGACCCUCCGUCGCCAAACUCCGACAGCGUGGAUUGA